GCGGCGGGAAUAGCAGCUGCAUUUUUUCUCUCUCUCCUUCCAUUCUGUCUCAUACAGUACAUCCAUGAGUAUUUGGGAAAAUUAAAGAGUGCAGGAUGCCAUGAGGAAUGUCGAAUUCCGCAGUCGAUGUUUUUGUCCAGCGAAUGUGGGACAAAAUUCAGGUAGCGAGAUGGGAGACUUGGAAUCGGGUUAUGAAGAAGUGGAUGGUGUGAGACUUGGCUAUCUUAUAAUUAAGGGAAAACAAAUGUUUGCGCUUUCCCAAGUAUUUACAAAUCUGCUGAAAAACAUACCCAGGACAACAGUACACAAAAGGAUGGACCAUCUAAACGUGAAGAAACAUCAUUGCGAUUUGGAAGAAUUAAGAAAACUCAAGGCAAUAAAUUCUAUUGCUUUUCAUGCAGCUAAAUGCACUCUCAUUUCACGGGAGGACGUUGAAGCCCUGUACACUUCUUGCAAAACUGAACGGGUUCUUAAGACUAAGAGGAGAAAAAUAAACGGGACAUUGUUAUCAACCGAACUCAACCAGGAGAAAACCCCCACUGAUCGCUGCGCGAGUAUUUUGAAAGAGAACAAAGUUUGGUUGACUUUGAAUGGAACCCCCCAGCCUCUGGCUGGAAUGAACAGGGCUUUGCGAGGAGACGGCAGUUCGCUACCGGCCUCCAAUCUACCUCAAUUCUACAGUAAAUUUACCAGCCACAGUUACACUGAAAUGAUCCGAUCACAUUGCAAAAUCCCCCAAAACUACGAAACUGCGGAAAUAUCGAGCAACUGUGUAGCAUUUCACACCAAUCAUUCCUUAUUUCGAAGUAUGAUUUGCAGGCAUCCAGUGUUUUACCAAUCCGCCAUCGCCUAUUACCCUAAGUCUCCAAACGCUACCGGCUUGACGUAUUACUUCAGGCGCAAAAGUUCGUGUGAAAUCACUCAAAAACAUUUAGGGAGUUCAAGCACCGCCAAGCGAGUCUUGCUGGCGGCAGCUGCUCCUAAAUCUUGCAAAGCGAAAGGAGACUCCGAGUGCCUGAAUACAUUUCACGUUGCCAACGGACAGCAGUGCAACCAGGGGCCCUCGCAGGAAAGCUGCAGCAGCGACUCAGAGUCGAGCUCUUUUUCGGGUCGCGCAGAUAACGACUCGGACUUUGGGUCAAGUUUGUCGAGUUCCAGCAACUCGGCUUCUUCCGACGAAGAGGACGACUCGGUGUCUGACUCUUCCGACGUGACCUCGGCCAGUGACGAAGAUACUUCGUCCGAAUCUGAUUCCAGCUCCGUCUCCAGCCAAGUUUCUGUUCAAAGCAUACGAUUCAGGCGCACCAGUUUCUCGAGCAUCUGCAGCAAACCUCUCGUCUUAACGCAGCCGAGUUUCCACUACCAAUUCCAAGCGAAAAGCAAUAAUGUCGUGUAUGAAACAGCCAGUACCGAUCUCCUGGAAGGAAGAACUUCCCAUUGUAAUUUAAAGUCCGCGACUAUUGUGAAGAGAAACGAGCAGAACUGGACUAUUAAGGCGCAUAACGUAUGCUGCUCAACUGGCUAUGGAAGUUGCCUUGCCGAGAUAAACAAUGAUAGGAUAUCUGAGUUUGCGUUCCCGCAUUCCGAAAUUUCCCAUUAUCUAAAGAGGACUGAAUCGACAAUUAACUGUGCGAAAGAAGGGGGCCCUGCCCCUACUAACCCAAAGGGAAACACCGAGUUUCCACAACAAAGAACAUUAACAGAAUCAAAUAAAUGCCUUGGAGCAUCUAUAGCACACUGUGCAGAAGAAAACAAGGUGACAAUAGUUUCCGAGCCUGCAGACAAUGAUUCUUCAUUAGCAGCAAAUGCAGAGAUAGAACCGAAUACCGGCAAUUUCAUCGCACUGUCCUCAACCUUCCAGAGUGUAAACACGGACAGAAGUCAGGGCCCCGCUGUCCGCAUCCACAGCGACAAUGCACACAUGGGGAAAGCAGUUAUGCACAAUAUUACAGUAAAAUUAGAAGAAAAUAGCUGUGACGAAGAGUAUGAAUAUGUGCCCCAACAGCCUAGAAAGAAACUCAAGUAUGCGUGCAAUGUAUCGAAGCGAGCAGAGGCCACUUUAAGAGAAAAUAAAAUACGAGACUGUUUUUCGACAAAAGCAAAGGAAAGCCAUGUGUGCACUGAAACGGCCACCUCUUCCCAAAACGCUUCCAGACCAAGAGAAGACCUUCAACGCACUUUAAACAUUCCAGUAUUAGAGGACUGCGAAUUCCGAAAUGGUGCAAGAAUAAGAAGGAAUUACAGGACUUUAGUGUUGGGGAAACAGCACACUUUGCAAAACUCGUCAGUAAAAACAAUUGUGAAAUCAGAGAAUCCGCGUCUUACAGGUAAAACAGAUGUGCAUGAAGGAACACUAGAAGAAUUUGCUGGUUCAAAUAAACGUAAACGCAUAGCCAAUGGUGUAGCAUCCACGGUGAAAAGGCCAUUUAAUUUCAUGGCAAAUUUUCCCUCUCCACCGUCACUAAUUAUUGGCAACGAUGGGGAUUUGUGCCCUGCUUAUUCACUGAACUCUACUAAGGAUCCCGAAGCACCUCAGAAGGCCCAUCCCGUGUGGAAAUGGCAGAUGGGUGGUGCUGUAAUACCUCUCCCGCCUAGCCAUAAAUUCAGACGAUUUAACUUAUGAAAGAGAUAUUUUGGAUAAGGAGGCUUCUGUUUGUGCAAAUUUAUAUUAAAAAGUACUUUCCUGUUUUCUUUGUAAUGAGCCAUGACCGGAUAUUAAGUCUCGACAUACAGCAAAUUUUCAUAUUGGAAUAUUGUUUAAAGACAUAAACCCCUUCGUGUGGAUUAUUCUUUUAAUUGACCAAACACUGCUAUCUACUGACCGAGGCAUUCCACACUACACUUUCUGAAAUACUAAUGUCACUUUGAGGUUGUUUAACGGUUGUUUUCAAGCAAUUUAAUCAACAUUGUUUCAAUGUUCGAAUUAUAAGUCAGUCCCUCCACAAGGUUACUGCACACUGUACGUCAGAAGUCGACAUAGUGAAAUGUUAGAAAUGAGCCAUUAAAUUUAUGCACUACAGUUUUAAAUCGCAAAUGACUUGAUGUUUUGCCUGAAUGAUUGAUUAUUACUGUAUUGGAUUCAUGGCAAAUUAUGAAUGUGUGUUUAACUUAAAAAAGAAAAAAAAUGUACUUUCA